AGCAGCAGCAGAAGGACUAUACAUACGGAAUAGCGGAGAACAUGGACAACCCCAGGAAUAUUACCAUUACUGUGGUUGGCCAUAAAGGUGUCGGCAAGUCGUGUUUAGUUAAACAAAUCAAACAAGAAGCAAUACCGAAAGAGGGACCGGGGUCGACGGAUAAUGCCGACUUUUACGUAAAUUAUUUAACAUACAACACGGACACCGGAUUUCGUAAAAAGCUGGACGAAAAUGGCGAAAUAGCGGCUAGUCGUCAGCGACUGAAACAGAUAGUUGACAAACAUCAGAAAGGUGACAAGACUUCUACUAAAGGGGCUGUUAAUGAAUCAGAGCAUGGUAGCCGAAGAUACAAAAAGACCAUCAACUCUGGCGGCCUCCGUAGCCCCUCUACAGCCAACUGCGUCGGCAGUAACAAAAAAGACGGGCAUGAAGGACAGACUAAAACAAUUCUUAUCGAAAUUUCCAUUCGGAAGGAGGCAAAAAAAGCACCCUAAAUUAGCUCCUGAACAAAUAAAGGUUAUUGGGGAGAUAAUGCACACCAGGCCAGAAGAAAGUAGUGAGGAAUUGAAUGGCUACGUCACAAUCUAUGAUUUUGGUGGAGAAAAGGUGUUCUAUAACACACAUCAUUGUUUCAUGUCCAGCAACAUGGUUUUCGUACUUGUGUUCGACGUUGCGAUGUGUCUGGAUCCGAGCAGAUCAGCGACAGGCUACGAAAUAACAGAGCAUUGGCUGAAAAACAUUGCCACCUAUGCUAUUGACGACGGGGCGCAUGACAGAAGAACGCCACCUAUAAUCUUGGUCGGCUCCCACCUUGACCAGGUGUCAUCAAAUAAAGAAAAACAGGAGGAAGAGUUUAUAAAAGUGCUGGAAAAGCUACAAGAGAACCCACAGUUGUGUGCGAUCAUGCAAAACCAUAUUCAGGACAUGGUCCCUAUUGCCGAUCUUAAUGACUCUACAAUUAACAAGGACGUUUACGAAGCAAUGUGGAAAACGAUUAUUGAUGUUGCGCCACUUCAGUCCCAGUGGCAAAAGGCUCAGCCCGCGAGAUGGGUGGCAUUGGAGCACGAACUCGUCCGGAUGAAGAACAGAGGAAAAAUCAUCCUGACAUAUGAAGAAUUGCUAAACGUCAACCGACAUUUACUAGUGCCAUUGGCUGAAAUCGAAGUCAUGGAUUUUCUAAGGGCCUUAAAAUUCGCGGGGUCAUUUCUCUGCUUUGAUCUCUAUAGCAAAAACCCUUUCGCAAUUCUUCAGCCCCAGUGGGUCAUCGAUGCCUUCAAGGCAAUAAUAACAGCACCAAAGUUCAAAGUCAACCUACCGCCGAAAAUGAAACUUGAGUGGACAAAAUAUGAAAAAACUGGUGUCCUGUCCGUGGAAUUCCUCACAAAGCUUUGGAAAGACAGGUUCUUUGAUGAUAUGGAUACACUCAACGUCGUGAUGGAAACCCUUAGUCUUCUAGCAAAGCCAGUCUCAGAUGAUCCUACUGUAGAGGUUGACUACUUUAUAGUGCCAAGUAUGCUGCAAACUGCGGAUCCUCAGAUGCUUCAACAAAUACUUGAUGAUCCUAAUACUGUCACCACUGUCUCUCUCUGUCUCAUGUUCAACCACCCGUUCAUCCCACAGGCAGUGUGGGACAAGAUGAUUGCCUCCUGUAUCCACAGGUUCCAGCGACUGAAGGAACCCGAGUAUGACGGCUCAAAGUUCAUCCAGCGCGGCUUUGCUUGUCUGGCGGUGGAUGCUUUGUGGAACACGGUCAUCAACUGCAGGGACAAUGCCAUGAAGAUUACAAUGUUCAAGAGAGAUAAGGAUAAACUAACAAAAGGAGCUGGAGUUAACUUACUGAAGAUACUUCAAUAUCUCAUACAGCGCAUUCUUGAACAGAAUCGUCAAAGUCAUCUAGAAUACAAAUUCUACCUCCACAAUGACUAUCAGUUCACCCCGAAUGACAAGAUGGUGAAGGUAGACGAACUCCAGAAUUUCCCACGCCUUCAGUGUCUCGGCUCACAUGGCUAUGAUUGGAUCGACAGAGAUGACAUAUAUACGUGGUUUCAAGAUCCAAAUCAACAGGCAAAUCGCACUGCAACGCUUGCUUUUGGUUUGAAAGCUACUCUACCGGACAGAAAACUGACAUAUAAAGAAGUUGGAAGAGUUUCCAAAUAUAUUGGCAGUGCAUACCAGAUGUUCUUCGUCGAGCUGGACUGUCCUAUUGCGACGAUAGAGCAGGAACGAGAAGAGAACCGCCAUCUCUCUUUUAGGUCUCAGAUUACAAAAGUAUUCCUUCAGCUGCUCAAAGCGAAUGCAAACAUAACGUUUGUGACUGUAGCCGAGGCAAUGUCGAAACACGGGAUGGAUUCUAAAGAGCUGUCGAAGAUAAUUGACUGUAACAGGGAAACUUUGUUUAAAGGCGAUGGAUUACCGGAUGGAAGGUUACAGAAAAUUCUGUCGCCAAAAGAUGUUCCAGUCGUUGUGAAAUGGUUGGAUAUUAAAGCUUAUUUCAACCUGUUCCUGGAGCUUGGAUUCCCGCCAAAAACUAUCGAUGAGUUUGACGACCAGUACAGAAACAAGUCAACUCGUGACAAGAUCAAAGCCUUGCUAAAAGCGUUCAUUAUUGAGACCAAACCUCGGCCAACACUGAACACAAUUUUGCUGGCGAUGCAGGAAUUCAACAUGGACACGCAGUCCCUAAUCACGGCAUUGGAUAUCACAUAGACAAGCAACGCCAUAAUGUGCCGCAGUGAGAUGAUGUCCUACCGUGUCUGUAAUGGCGGACGUGCGAGAUGAUUGACAGAGCCAAUAUCAAGUCACGGAUAAUUAUUACGGAACAAUGGGUAUAAACUGCGUGCAACGAACACAUAUUUCUGGCCAGAGUACUUGAUGAUUUUAUGAUUCCGCACAAAAGAACAGAAAGUAGAUCAAUUACUGUGUAUAAAAGUACCUUUUAAGGCACAUCUACUGGUAUAUGUCUAACACAAGGAUAAUUUGUACUGUCUAAUUUGUGUGAUGGAUGUAGAUUUACCUUUAUGCUUGGCUGUGUUGAAGAACGGUUUUGUUCACUGUUCGUUUUUUUACACCUGUACAGUUUUUCUAUAGCGACAAUGUGUAUACGGUUUGGAUAUGUUAUAUAUGUAUAUAGUUAUAUAUAUGUUGUGUAGAGAUUGUGUAUAUAAAGAUAAUGCACACUCAUACACUUGUGUUGUUAUAGAGAUAACUUUAUUCACGCGACUAUCUUUAUGUAUUCAUGUUGUGUUGUAUGAUCCUUUGUUUGCUGUAUAUAUCAUUUCGCUUUUUAGAAAUAAUGCGAAUACAUUGUGUUUAGAAAGCAAUUGUUUCUAUCACAUAAUGUGCUGUUUCCUCUAGAUGAGGAAAAAUAACGUAUUCUCUGCUAUAUCCAUGUGGAAACGUUAAAGUGCACGGCAAUUGCCAUGUGACGUACACUAAAACUUUUUUUUUCUGGACGGUUAUGUGUUAGCGAUAAUGACGUCAUUUACUUAAAAUGACAUCACUAGACUUCCGGUCGUCCUGACGUUCAAAAUGAUAGCGCAAUCUCUCCCAGAGUGCAAUGCGGUGUUACGAAAGGAACUGCAAUGCAAUCUGGGAGAAAUUGGUUGAUAGCAGUCCCCUUACGUUGCACAAGAAUGGCGUAUAGAUUUGCUCCGGCAACUACGGAUGAACCUGAAAAACCGCUGGGGGAAGUAGCAGCAAGAGUUAAAAAAUGUAAUAUUCAAUAUUCGGUGCGUAUUCAUUCUUCAUAUUUGGAAUCCGUUGGAAAAACACUUAGUGAAAUAAAGGACCUCCAAUCAGACCUAUUUCGGAAGGGCUACGGACAUUGUACGCAAGUGCUAGGAACCAAAAAAGGUGAGCUCUGUAGUAAGAGAAUAAUGGUUUCAUUACAGUACGUAAUGACCUUUUUUCAAAAACCAUUUUGAAAAAUUCAACAACAUCGAUAUCGUCAAUAGUGACGUUUUUAAGCCAGCCAACCAAGUAUUCCAUGCAAUGUAGAAGAAACUAAACGAAAACUAUCUAGAUAAUGUCCAAGAUACACCAUGAGAACAAAGUUUUUGUAAAAUGUCCACUAAAAAUCACACCGGUGAUAUUACAACGACAGCCAAGGUGGACGGUUGUACGAAAAACCUGGAAAUCAAUCCAAGUGUCCUCUGAAGUCAUUUAUAAAAUAUUUGUCACAUCUGAACAACAUUCUUGAGAAUUUCUGGCAGUGACCGAAACCGGUAGCACACAGAGAUGUUUGGUAUGCAACGCCCCACUUGGAAUCAACAGUCUCGGAGAGAAAAUGAAGCCACUGUCCCGAGAGGCCGGUUUGUCAACUACAUACAAGAACCAUUAUUUAAGAGCUACGUUCAUCACACUUCUUGACCAAAGAGGAUUUGAUGCCAGACAUAUCAUGGCCAUAUCUGGUCAUAGGUCGAAGAACAGUAUUCGUUCCUAUGCCUGCACUGACGAGACACAAAUGCGAAAGAUGUCAUCCGUAAUCAACGUUGUACUUGCAGGUACGAUACUGAAAAUACGUUUUUAACAGAAAGUUGAGUUUAUUAUGGGUAAAUAUAGAAAUCUGAUCAUAAAUAAAGAAAGUUUAGCAGCUAGCUAGUAUUUGUAGUAAAUUAUUCCUUAUCGAUAUUCUAGGCGAGUGUCCAAAGUCAUCCACAACCUCAGAUUCCUGCACGGUUUAUUCAGACGUUGAAGUACAUGUUGCAGUGAAGAGACAUAAAGUAGAUCUUUAAACAACGCUCUUCAUGAAAGAAUCAUCCAAAUCAUAGACAAAGACCUGGACCAAGACCAUAUAUUAUGUGAUGAAUGAGAUUUUAACGGCAUGGAUCUGUUAGAGAUGACGAAAAGUCCAGAAGAUCGUCUCGUGACGGGGCUUUGCUGUCAAAAUACUGCAAGUCUAAAGCAAACCCAGGUGUUACAGCAGAAAACAGUAAAACUCUUGCAACCUCAACCGAUAUUUAACUUCAAUAACUGCGCCAAUGUCCAUGCCCAUUAUCAGUGAGUAAACAUUUGCUAAUUUGAUGUAAACAAGACUGUUAUAAUAAAGUUUUAUUUGGAAUACAAUGUAAAUGUGUGAUUAUGUAAUGAAACAAAUAUGCCAUGCCUUCUCGUGCUAGGGUUAAAAAUAGUUGACCGGAGGUGCCGGUAGUUGACCAAGCAAUUUAGCACAUGGUCGACUACCAGCACAUGUGGAUAUAUUGGUUUUGUAUAGAGACAAUAAGCUUAUAUGGAAAAAAUAUGUUUGCAAUAUGUUAAUAUUUAGAUAAUUUGUACAAUUUAUGUUUAUAUAGGUUGAAGUAAUGUGUAUUUCUUAUGUUUAAAAUGAAUUUAAAUGUAUGUAUUGU